AAUCGCUCAAGCUUUCGUCACUGCCACCAAGAAGAGGUCAAUGUAUCUGGUGUGAUAAUUCCGGGCCACAUCAACGGCGAUCUCUUCAGGCGAAAGAAGUUGUCUGGCAAGAAGGGAGAGAAUUUCGCUGCUGGAGAGGUUGAAUAUCAGAGGAAAACUGACCAGAAAGCCAUUGACAAAUCUAUCCUGCCCGUUAUCAAGAAAAACUCUGAACAUAAAGCUCUCUUCGGUUACUUAGGAUUGCGGUUCAUGUUGGGUAAGAGGCAGUAUCCUCACAACAUGGUGUUCUGA